AUGAACUCGAUCGGUGACAAGAAGUCGUGGUUUGACUGCAUCACAAAGCGUCAGUACACAACGAUCCGCACAGGGCUGCGCCUCUAUGGAGGAGCAAGCAACGCAGUUGGAGAAACAGGUCUGAUGAAUGCCGCGCGCACAAACGACUGUGAACUUGCGAAGAUCCUCUGCAUCCAGGAAGCCGGGAUCAAGAAUAAAGACGGUCAUACCGCGCUGAUACUUGCAGCGUGCUAUGAUCACCACGAGAUCUGCGAUGUCAUCGCUCCCUUCGAGAAGAAGUAUGCGACUAAUGAGGGAAAAAAUGCCCUUAUGUUUGCUGCGGAGUACGGUUGCACCGAGUCUGUAAAGGUUCUCUGCGGGUAUUUCGACCUGAAGGAGCGUGACAAUGACGGGCUGAGCGCCCUCGACUACGCUAUGAACAACACUCACCCGGCAUGUGUGGAAGCCAUCAUGGAAGCCGGGAAGCUUACCGAAGAGGCUGCAAACAAGCAAAUCGCCCAGUCCAUUCGUAACUCGUUCUCUUCUCUCGAAGAGUUCUACAGGUUAGCGACUGAAUACGCCGAGCUUCCUGAUACUCGGUGCAAGUGCUGUGACCUCCCGUACAAUCUUUGCUCAAAUAAGGACAACGUUGUCAACAUAGUGCGCAAGUACCCUCCCUUUUUUGCUCAGAACCCUACGUCUGCGUCCGCCACUGUCACGACCAAGGUUGGUCAGGCACAUGGGAUUUCGCCCCUUGACCCCAACCAAGAGGAGCUACUGAAUCAGCUCGGUCCUGUCCUGAAGGAGGCCCAGCUCAGAGCCUGGUAUAGCGAUAUUUGCGAAGAAAUUUCGCGCUUACGUGAGGAUCACGCGAAGAUCACCAUUGAGAACCGUGAACUGACCGAUAACCUUGGCACGGAGACGGCGACCCACGACGCCCUGAAGCUGAAGUUCGAUAAGCUUAAGCUUGACAACGACGAGACAACCCUCAAGUACGAGGAUCUUAUUUCUCGUCAUAACGCUCUGAUGCACGAGUGCAAGACGCUACAAGAGGAUGCCGAGAAGGCAAGGGAGCAGAGAGUUGCUGUGGAGGUCUUGCACCAGAAGAUCUCGAACAUGCUUUCCAGUACGGAUGACGAUAUCAGUAAGACAAUAGAGAAUAUGCUAAAGACUCAUAACACAGAAAUGCAGAAGCGCACAGAGGAGCUUGAGCUUAUGAAGCAUUCGGUAGAUAUCAUGGCUGCAGAGCACGCAGUUGUCAAGAAGGAGAUGGACAAGCUUACGGAGAGCAAGGUUCAGGCCGAGGCACAGGUCUCCAUCAUCCAGAAUAAACUCCUGGCCAAGGAGGAAGAGAAUCGCCACAUGACUAACAGACUCGAGGCGACCACUGCCAUGAUCAACGAGCUCGAGGCAAAGAACAACGAGCUCGAGAUAGAGACGUCCAAGCUUAUGGACGAGGUGACGAAGUCCAGGCUGAUGACGCAGCAGCUUAUCGGGAAGAUGAACGAGAAGGAGAAGCUCUUGGAGGACACACGCGAUGAACUGGCACACACGCUGGGUGAGCGCGAGGCGCUCUAUCAUCGCAUCAACCUUAUCACAGAUGAUAAGGAAGCUGCAGAGGCGCGGAUCCAGCGCAAGGAUGAGAGCAUAAGCCUUCUCCACGACGACAAGCGCAACCUGGAAGGUCAGGUGCUUUUCCUUACCGAGGAGCUAACAAAGUCGCAAAUAGCAGCGAAGAACAUGUCAUCCAAGAUGCGCCUGGAGAAUCCACUGGGUGGAAGUGGCGGGAACGGGCCUAAGCAACUCUACCCUGUCGACAUCAACAAGGACGCCGGGUCUCCAAACAGCAAUAGCAACGCCGUCGAUGCGUUCAUCAAUAACAUGAAUAACAUAUCAACGGGGCCAAACAGCAUGGCAGGGAGCCCUCAGCGCAAAGAGUCACAAAUCAACGCCAUCAUCAGGAACAUGAUGCACCCCACGAAUCAAGAUCUCCACCAAGCAAUACUCGAUUCAGAUAAGCCGGAGAUAGCCAGCAACAUCACGAACGCUAUGAUGUCCGCUAACGCACUUGCAAAUUUUGACGUGACCGAGCGCACUGACUCGGUCAACAACAGUGCAGCACGAUCGAGCAGUAACUCAUCACGUUUCCUUAAUUUACAGUUGAUGUCCGGGUCUAUGAGAAUCAAGACCAGCCUCCACAACCGCGACAACAACAUUGCCGUCACCGGUCAAGACAAGCGCAACAACAGAUUGACUGAGCUUAUGGAGGCGGCCAGGGACAACGACUUUGUAAAGGCGUACCACCGCAUUGACGUCCAGGGAGGCCUGCAGGAUGACCAUGGAUAUACUGCUCUUAUGUAUGCUGCCAGUGAAGGAAACCUUGAGAUGUGCCGCCUUCUUGUCGAGAAGGAGGCUGGAAUGUGCAGCCACGAUGGAACGACGGCUUUAAUGAGGGCUGUGUCUGGAGGGCAUGCAGAUGUUACCGCCUUUCUCCUUGACAAGGAGGCUGGCAUGCAGAGAAACGACGGGUGGACUGCGCUUAUGGCUGCUGCAUGCGAUAAUAGACCAGACAUUGUCACGAUUCUUGCGCACAACGAGUCUGCAAUCGUUACUAACGAAAACUUUCCGGCAGGAGGAGGCGUGUCUGCGCUGAUGCUUGCUGCGACAGGAGGGCACCAGGAGUGUGUCCAGCUUCUUCUCCCAUAUGAGGCUGCUCUGCAGCACUCGAGCGGACGCACCGCUGCAGACUAUGCUAACAGUGAAGAUCUACGCGACAUCAUUUUGGAGUAUACCGUUUGA